AUCACCGGAGUGGGUUCUGAAAUCUGCUGUGCUUGAAACUAUUUGCAUUGUAGGAUCUCACACAGCAGAAAACAUUGCACAGCAUCUAAGAGAAAUAUGUGACAAGUGGAAUAUAUUUGAUAAAGUACGUACCAUCGUGACUGACAAUGCUGCAAACAUCACCGCAGCUAUAGUGCUAUUGAAAAAGCGUCAAAUUCCUUGCUUUGCACACACAUUGAAUCUUGUAGUGCAAGAAGCUAUUAAGAAUACUCCUGAUGUCCUUGAGGUUAGAGACAAAAUAAAGCAGAUUGUAACCUUUUUCCAUCACAGUGUAAAGGCUACAGAUAAACUCACUCAGUUGCAAGAGCAACACAAUGAACCUGCCAAGAAACUAGUACAAGAUGUGGAGACAAGAUGGAACUCUACAUUCUACAUGAUAGAAAGAUACUUAGACCAAAAUGAACUUGUCACUACAACUUUGUGCCUACUGGGCAAAAAUAAUUUGUGCCUCAAUGACAACGAGCUUGCACUUCUCCAAAGAUCCAUCAAUGUUUUGGAGAUUUUCGAAGAAGCGACAAGAGAAAUGUCUUCUGAAAAGGUAACUUCACUUUCAAAAGUAUUACCGAUGAUCAGGGGCAUCCAAAAUUGCCUGAACUCAAUCACUACGAGUGAUGAUAUGUGCGAGCUUGGCAAACAACUGCAGGACCAAAUGAAGAAAAGGUUCUCAGUUAAUGAACAAUCAUUCAGUCUCGCAGCAGCAACGCUGCUAGAUCCUAGAUUCAAAAAAGUACCAUUCUCAGACAGCUCAAACCUCAAAACAACGGAAGAGAGACUGGUGCGUCAGAUGCACUCUUAUGACACUCCAAAACCUGCAAGCCAACCAAGUACAUCCACCGUAGCUGCCAGGACUUUUGAUAAUAGAACUUCACUUGUCAAGAAAAACUCGCUGUGGAGCACACUUGACAAAGAUAUUGAGAAAAUUAAUGAAAAGACAUCAUCACAGUCAUUGACAGGUCCUCUCAUUGAGCUCAGGAGGUAUUUCACAGAGGAAGCUCAUGCCUCAAGAGAGGAAGAUCCACUUACGUGGUGGAAGGAACACGCCGCUCAGUAUCCCAGAAUGAAAGAGCUGGCUAAAAAAUACCUGUGUUCACCCGCAUCAUCUGUCCCGUCAGAAAGAUUAUUCAGCAAAGCAGGUGAACUCAUAUCACUUAGGAGGAGCAAUCUAUCAGAAAACAAAGUAAACAUGAUCCUCUUCCUAAACAAGAACUUGUAGAUAGAUUUCUACAUGGAUAACUUUCA